AUGUUUGAAACUGAAGUAAUCGAUUCUGAAAAUGAAAAUAAUGUCCACCGGUGUAAAAGACGACGGAGAAAUAAUAUAUGCAGCACUUCAGAAUCAGAAGCAGAGUUAAUUGACGAUAAUACAACGGACACCCAGUGCAACACAACAUGGACAUCGAAAAAUUAUGCACCAACGAUUCAUAAAUUUUCCUCAGAAAAUUCAGGACUGAAGAAGGAAAUAGGAAGAUCGUCAAAAAUUAUCGAUUAUUUCGAACUAUUUUUUUAUGAAGAGCUCGUAGAAUAUAUUGUAGAUGAGACCAAUUAUUACUCGGCUCAAAAGAGCAAUAACAACAUGGGCACUCAAAAAAACACGACACUAGAAGAAAUGUACUGUUUCUUUGCGUUGUCACUACUCAUGACACGUAAUAAAAAACUAACGUUACACGAGUAUUGGAGUACGGAUAAAUUUUUACACAGUAGUAUUUUUAGUGAAGUAAUGACCAGAGAUCGGUAUCUUUGGAUACUACAGAUGAUACAUUUUACCCGUCAACAAGGGCCUGCUGAUAAUCGUCUAUAUAAAAUAAGUGACCUAAUAAACAUGCUACGAAAAUCGUUCUGCGAGAUAUUUUAUCCAUAUGAAAAAGUUUGCAUUGAUGAAAGCUUGAUGUUAUAUAAAGGUCGGCUGUCCUUCAAGCAGUACAUUCCCUCGAAAAGGAAUCGAUUUGGAAUAAAAUCAUACAUACUCUGUGAUUGUAAAACAGGCUAUGUCCAAGAUCUUAUAGUUUACGAAGGAAAGUCAACUGUUACAGAAAGUGACAUCAGCGGAAUUGGAAAAUCAGGUGCAAUUGUUUUAUCGCUCUUGCAACCAUAUUUAGGCCAAGGUCACACACUAUACACUGAUAACUUUUAUUCAAGCCCAGCAUUAUUUAACUUUUUACACGAUAACUAUACGAAUGCAUGCGGCACUGUCAAGAAAAGACGUCAAGGAAUGCCGAAGAUGGAAGAGGGACUGGAAAAAGGAAAAGCAUGUUUUCGUGUAGCAAAAAACUUGCUAGCGAUAAAGUGGAUGGACAAAAAAGAAGUCUAUAUGAUUUCCACUAUACAUACUGUAAAUUUUGAAGCAUCGAGAAUUUUGAAGUAUCGAGAUAUGGAGGGGAACAGAGUGUCCAGAGGCCUAUUUGCAUCAUAG